AUGUUUGCUGCUGCAACCAAAAACUUUGUUAAACAGGUUGGUGAUGGAGGAAGAUUAGUUCCAGUGCCCAGCCUCAGUGAAGCUGACAGAUACCAACCUCUGAGCCUUGUGAUUAAAAAAAGAAAAUGUUCACUUUCAAAAAAAUCUAAAUUUGCUUCAACACCUUUCACAUUAAAAGACAUUCUUCAAGGGGAGAAGGAAAUUUCUGCAGGUGUCUCAUCUUACCAGUUGCUCAACUAUGAAGACAAAUCAGAUGUUUCACUUAAUGGCAAAAGAGGAAAUCAGAUAAUGAACGAUGUUGGUUUUGAUGUUGCUGGAUCAGAUUCUGUUGCCUUUAAAGCUUCGUUUGGCAUAGUGACCAAACACGAAGUUGAAGUACCAACAUUACUAAAAGAACUUACUACAAGAAAAAUAAACUUUGAUCAUUGUCUAGUCCAUCAAUCAAGAAAAAGUAGGAUGGAAAUUUUGUGUGUGGUCAUGGAAAGUAUUCGAACUACAAGGCAGUGCUCAUUAACUGUCCAUACUGGAAUGCGUGGAGAGACAAUGAGGUUUCACAUAAUUGAAGAUCAGAAUUAUAAAGGGCGGGACAAAGCCAUUGUUUUUCCUGCACAUACAACUAUUGCUUUUAGUGUAUUUGAACUCUACAUUCAUUUGGAUGGUAAUUUCGAACUCUGUGUGACUCCAAUUGCAAAAGGAGGAUUUGAAAGAGAGAAAUCUGGAUCAUCUUCACUGACCAAAUUAAGGAGAUUAAAGAAUAAUUUGUUUCAUCGAAAUAAAGGAGUAGUGGAAAUUGUUGCUAACUCUGAUCCUUACUUGGAGGACCUUUUUGCAGAUUAUUAUGAAAAAGCUGCAAGCAUGACUGAUCUCUCUACAAGCUAUCUCAGAGACGGUUCUCAUAUCCGAAUUAAUUUACUCAAUAACAACAUCCCCAAAGGCCCCUGUGUCCUUUGUGGAAUGGGAAGUUCUAAAAGGGAGACGGUCUAUGGAUGCCUGGAAUGUUCUUUUAAUGGACACAAGUACGUACGACUGCAUGCCGUGCCCUGUUUUGACCUCUGGCAUAAGAGAAUAAAGUGACUGAUCCGGGUAAGUGCCUGUUGUCACAGACAUGGGCAUAACUGUGCCACAACCUUUUCAGAGUUUGUAAAUAUGUCUCCAAUUGUGAAAUGCAAAAGAGUGGAAGUGCAAAACGUUUCAUUAUGCUGUUAUCUUCCAAUUUUUGCUUCACAGUCAAUGACCUCUACUUCAAAAUGAACAUGAAUUCCCUGACAUUGCUGUUUUUCCCAGAACCUACUCACUAUCAUGAUAAUGAAAAACAUACUUGUAAAUAGUAUUUUCAUAAUGUCAAAACAUAUGCUAGAACUUAAUGUUGUUUACACAAACUUGUUGUUAAACCCCCAAAAUGUUGCCUUUCUCUACAUUGGUGUAUGACGGUUAAAUGAGAAUAUUUGUUAAUAAUUUAGUGUUCUCAUGAAUGUUUAAUUGAAGUAUCAGAUUAAAAAACAUG